AUGGCAAAACGGACAAAAGUCGAAGAUUUGCCGAAUAAUGUCACGAUUCAAUUGAUCACUUGGUUCAUUAACAAUUAUAACGCCUAUUAUGGUAUGAACACAAGCAAGUUUUCGAAGAAAAAUGGGACUACAAAGCAGCAAUUUUGGACAGAAUGGGCCCAGGAGCUUACCAAAAUGGGAUAUCCGCGAAAUUCGGAGCAGGUGAAAAAGAAAAUAAAUGGAGAAGUUCGUUUCGUGUAUGAUAUUAUAAUGGCCGAAAGAAAUGGAGAAAUUCCAAGAAAACCUGUCUCAAAUUUAAGCGAUUGUAGAAAAAUGCUGUAUGAUUUUCUCAGCAAGAUGCCAAACGAACGAUUUCAUUAUGCGGGUUAUAACAAUCCAAUAAAAAAACGGACAUUAACAGAAGACCUUGACUAUUUGAAACAAUAUUUGUCAGAUAACUUAAUCGCAAAACUGGAAGAAGUCAGCGAGGUAAUUAUGUACGGUGGCCAUGGAUCAUAUGGUGGUUAUCCACAGCAGAUGACAGGAUAUGGGUAUCCGCCGGCGCCUGGAUAUCCGCCUCAGACAGCAGCGGCGACGGCAGCAGCAUAUUCGGCGUACAGUUAUGGAUAUGGAACGGCGGCUGCUCAAACUCCAACGGGAGUUCCGAACAUUGCAGAUACAUAUAAUCCGCAAAAUAUGUAUAUGCAACCACAGGGUAGUGCUUCGACAAAUUACUACACUGCCAGUAAAAAAGCAGCAACAGUGUCGAACACAAAUUAUUCAAACUACGAUGCUGCUGUGUAUGCGGCCGCUACUUCAUAUUUAUCGUCAAAAGCCACCGGCUCAACGAAAAGUUGGAUGAGUAAAUCAGCGACUACCGGCACAUUUCCAACGAAGAAACGAUUUGGGAUCGGCGCGAAUAGCGGUGGAGAUUCGAAUCAUUACUAUUGCGAAAUUUGCAAAAUUUCGUGCGCCGGUGCAAUUACAUACAAAGAACACAUCGAAGGACAGCGGCACAAGAAACGCGAGGCUCUCGAAAAAGGCAACAGCUCGUUGAGCUUGCCCAAGAAUAAGUUGUGCUAUCGAUGUGAAUUGUGCAAUGUGACAUGCAGUGGACAAGAUUCGUAUUUGGCACAUGUGAAGGGUGCGAAGCAUAUGAAAGCACUGUCGCUCUGCAAGAAGCUCGGAAAACCGAUUCCUGAAAAUGCACCGACAAUAAUUGCACCAAACGAGACCGGAGGCACACGUUGCGUGGCUGCCAAGCCGGCGAUCACAUCAGGACCAGAGCUUUAUGGUGUAAAAAAGGUUGUGGGCAUCAAUACAGUGAACUUUGUUGGUGGUUCGAAACUCAGUACAACAGGACAGCUUGAAGAAACCAAGGCGAAAGUGAUUGAAGCGGUUUCGAGCGCAGGCAAACCAAGCAUCGAGGUUGAGGAUCCGAAGAUUCAAGCUUUAAUGGCUGCCGAGGAAGUGAAACCAGUCGGAGAAGAUAAAGUAAUUGCGCAGAAAGAUGCUGCUGGAAAACUAAUACAAUAUCAUUGCACGUUGUGCGACUGUAAAUUCUCGGAUCCAAACGCAAAAGAAAUUCAUAUUAAAGGACGUCGUCAUCGUUUGUCAUAUAAGCAGAAGGUUGACCCGACUCUAGUUGUUGAUUUGAAGCCGUCAUCAAAGCGCAACCGUGAACAGAUAAAAACGCGUAAAUUCUCCGAAGGAUCUUCAAAUAAAGCACCGAUUCCCCGCCCUAAUAAUGGUCCCAUUUUUGGGUCUCCUAGUGUUGAAAUGCGUAGAAUGGAAGUAUUAGAUGAGAGGCAUAUUGAGGAAAAACACAUCAGCUUAUUCCCGGGAGCAGAUUUCAUGGCCAAUUUGGAGUGUAUGAUUGUGUCCAUCGAGGGUACUCUCAAAUCAGUGUCCGAGGAGUAUGAAAAACAAUACAAACUGGCAAAUACCGCGACUAUUGCGGCUGAUGGAAAAGAUGAAAAACGGACCCUUCAGGGUGUGAUUCGAGUCGGAAUUUACGCCAAGGGCAUUUUUAUCAAAGGAGAUUCACAGGUAGAUUUGGUUGUUUUGUGCUCAGAGCCACCAACUACGAUAAUUCGCGACCGUGUCAAAGAGAUUUUCGAAAAAGUCACGUCGGAAUUGACUAUCGAGACCGAUGAUCAAUCUGCUUCCUGUCUCAUUGUCAAGUCGAACUCUUUUACGGACAUCCGUUGUAGGGUGAUGUUCACUUGUCCUCUUCUGAGAGAUGCACCGCCAGAUGUUGAAUGUGCGGAUCGAACAACGUGCGUAAAAGCGCUAGCCUAUAUUCGUCGAUCGAAAUGGUUCAUUGCUCGAUGUGUGUAUUUGAAUUCGUGUCAGAAAGUGCUCCAUUUAAUGCGUGAUAUGAAAAAACGCAUCGAGUGCUGGAGCGAUUUCGAUGGUCAUAUUCUCGAGCUUCUCGUUGAAAAGGUGCUAUCAAACUGUCCGACUGAGUUGAAUCCGAACGAUGCGUUCCGAAGGGUUCUUGAAGCGAUUGCGACAGGUGUCUUGUUACAUGCUUCGAUUCAUGAUCCGUGUGAGAAGGAAAAAACGAAUGUGUUUGAACAAAUACCGCUCAAAAAAAGAUUUGAAUUGACGUCGAGCGCGCAGAAUGCUAUCCGAUUGAUUUCUUUCAACCAAAUGUACAAGGUGCUUGGAAUCGAACGUCUUCCGGAUAUUCGCCCAUCGCUCACAACUGAUCGAAAACGGUCGAUUGACAAUGGUGAUAAUGAAGAUUCUGUCGAUGUUAAACGAGAAAAAUUCGACAACGACGUGAAAAUGGAAGGGCAAAAUGAGUAA